CUCCCCAGUGCUGGGAUUACAGGCUGCUGGGAUUAUAGGCGUGUGCCGCCACUCCCAGCUCAUAUUCUCUUUGAAUUGGUAAAUACCUUUUGUCCUUUUUUUUUUCUUUUAAACAGCAGUUCUGUGGUGUUCUCGGUCACACAUUUAUGGAGUUUCUGAAGGGCAGUGGAGAUUACUGCCAGGCACAGCACGACCUCUAUGCAGACAAGUGAACUGUAGAGACCCAUUCCUGCUCCACCGAGAAGCCCCGCGAGAGGCUCACCUGGACACAGAAGUGGUGAAUUUAAAUCGUAGAGCAUUUAACAGGAGUUCUGACCUGGAUGGGGUAAACCUUAGUGCACUUCCUUUCUCUUGCCUCAGUAUUACUGGAUCGAAGGAUUGCUGCUGCUUAGGAGGUUCAUUUCGUUUCCCGGUACUCACUCCCAAGGCCAUCUCAAAGCACUGAGAAGUUCAAGUGGAGUAUAUUGAAGUAGACUUCAGUUUCUUGCAUCAUUUCUAUUCAAGUUUUUAAAUCUUUCAUAAUCCUCUUUGAGUGUUUUUUUUUUUUUUAACUAAAUUAACAUGGCUCGAAUGAACCGCCCCGCUCCUGUGGAAGUCACAUACAAGAGCAUGAGAUUCCUCAUUACACACAAUCCAACCAAUGCAACCUUAAACAAGUUUAUAGAGGAACUUAAGAAGUAUGGAGUUACCACAAUAGUCAGAGUAUGUGAAGCAACGUAUGACACUACUCUUGUGGAGAAGGAAGGCAUCCAUGUUUUUGACUGGCCCUUUGAUGAUGGUGCACCACCGUCCAACCAGAUUGUUGAUGACUGGUUAAAUCUUGUAAAAAUUAAGUUUCGUGAAGAACCUGGUUGUUGUAUUGCUGUCCAUUGUGUUGCAGGCCUUGGGAGAGCUCCAGUGCUUGUUGCCCUAGCAUUAAUUGAAGGUGGAAUGAAAUACGAAGAUGCAGUACAGUUCAUAAGACAAAAGCGGCGCGGAGCUUUUAACAGCAAGCAACUCUUAUACCUGGAGAAGUAUCGUCCUAAAAUGCGGCUGCGCUUCAAAGACUCCAACGGUCACAGGAACAACUGUUGCAUGCAGUAAAACUGGGGUGCCUGAUGCGACUGCUUGGGAUGUGCAGCUCAUGGCAGGACCUGACUGUCAUACACAUUAGCCCGUGUGUCGGCUCAGUGAAUGAGUCUAAAGGAGCUUCCGUAGGAGUGUUGCAAAGCAGUUUUACAGGCUACACACAAGCUUAACAGAAUCGCAACCUCUGUGUUUGGGUUAUGAUCAUUGUAUUUGAACUAUUACCACAAGAUUCCUACUGUUCAGCAUUUAAAUUGUGCUUAUCAUCUGUACCAAUUGAAAUCAUGCAAUAUUGAGUUAUGUCUCUAUGGCUGUUCCCAUACCAGGAUCUCAAUGAUACAUAAGAAAUUUAGAAAGAUUAGGUGCCAAAUACCCAGCACAAUACUCUUACAUUCUUAGCAUCACAUAAAACCAAAAUUCCAGGAACUGAGAACACUUUAGACCGUGGUUUGUUCCUUCCAUCAUUUCAAACACGGUCAGGCCUGCGUGGCUGUUUGCCUGCUCACUUUAUGUUUACAUCUCACACUCUACCAGUCUGCAUCAGGUUUGUGUAAACAUUGAUGGUUCUUUUUGAUUAUUACCAAGUCUUACAGUGAUUAUUAAAUGUCUACAAGGUUUUUAUUUUGUGCUAUUCUGAGAAACCUCCAUUUUGAAAAUCUACAUUGUUACAGAAGCACAUGUCUUUAAUGUCUCAGACAAAAAAGCCUUACAGUUAAUUUAAUGCUUGCACUCCAAGGUGCAGCUUAACAGGGAGGGCCUGAAAAAAAGACUAGGAGUGGGCUAUUCGAUAUUUUUAGUAAAAUGUUGCCUUUGUCUUGUGCAGAACAUGUAGAAUAUGCUCUUUAAUUUAGUAAAUAUUUUUUUAAAGGUAUAGAUGCUUUGUUAUUGUAGCUAGAACAAUUCUUAAUCAUAAAUUUUCUGAAAUUCUUGUAAUUUUUUUCCAUUCUUAUCAGAAGUUGUUUACCAACUUAUUUUUGUUUGAAGUGUGAUUUUUUUUUCUUCUCUUCCCAACCUCUUGCAAAAAACAGAAGUGAGUUUCUGCUAAUGAAUUGAGCAGACAUCUAAUAUUUUAUAUGCCUUUUGAGCUGUGUAACUUAAUAUUUGGAUACUUGAUAAUUUGUUUUAUUAUGUAAUUGAUAAAACGGUGAUGUGUAUUAAUGUUAGUUCAACCAUAUAUUUAUACUGUCUGGGAAUGUGUGGUUAUAGUUCUGUGGGAGAAAUAAUUUGUCAGUGUUCACCAGCUUGUAAAAACUUAGUGCGAGAGCUUAAACAUCUAAAUAAAUAAUGAAAUCCA